GUCCGUGACCGUGUUCCCAGGCAAGGCACGUCCCCUCUGUGAGCCUGCUCCUCUGCGUGCGAGUACAGAAUCCGACAUUUAUUCAGAUACAGUCAUGUCCUCUUGUGCACCUGCUUCUUCCUCCAUGAGGUGAGGGGACGGUAAGGCCCACCUCACUGGACUGCAGAAAGAUUAAGUGGGAGAAAUAUCUGCAAGCACCUAGCGCGGUGCUGCGGCACAGUAGGCAACGGCUUGAAAACCCUAAAUCUGUCCCUAAUGACGUCUUCAGAGUCCCUCGUUGGCAGCACAUGCCACACGCGGCUGAGGGCCAUGGAGAGCCAGGUGACGGCAGGUUGUGCGCCCCUCCGGUAGGUCCCCACCCCCACUGAGCCUCCUCUCCGCCUCCCACACUCCUGGGGUAAGAAACUGCAGGAGAGGAGGCAGGAUGAGCUGCUUUUGCUGUGUGGCGUUGUACGUUCUCAAAACCCAUUUAUAAGUUCAUUAGAAAGCACCUUCCCAGUAAAGCUGGUUUUGCAAGUGACUGAUUUCUCAAGCUCGCCCGCCAGCGCUGGCACGGCGAGGCUGAACCACCCCUGAUUCGCAGGAGUCCACGCCGGGCCUGCCUAGGAAAGGCGGCGGGGCAGGGGAGCCGCGCCGGCUCCGCCUCCGGUCGCAGGAGCUCCUCCGGCAUAUUCCUGCCUGGAUCUAAUUUCAGGGAAGGUUGAAAUCUUCCCUGAAAUCUAGAGGAGAGGGCAAGGCUGUUUUAUUUUUGUUUCCAUUUGUUUUGAGAAGGAAGGGAAUCCAAGCAACGUAGGACGGACUUGAUUUAAUGAGUUUUAGGAAACUCUCAAAGGCUGCCAAGGUGGAAAGAAGAGAAAGGACAGGGGCGGCCGGCAGGGAGAAGACCCUGGACAGGCGCCAGCCUCCGAGGACGAGCAGGACGGCGUCCACGCGGGCUCCCUCCGCGGCCGCGGCGGAGCAGGGAGCAGGUGUCCGGGGCGCGGCUCAGCCAGCGCCAGGGCCGGGCUGCGCGCCCGGAAACUGCCCUCGCACGGAAAGCGGGUGUCGGAGGAGCACGAGGGGGGCAUCCCCGGCCACUCUGCACGCAGGACCCAGCCGCCGGGCGGAGGGGCCCGGUGCCGGCUCCCGAGGACCGAUCGGCCCCCGCCCCGCGCCACAGCCGGCCGCGAGUCCUCGCUUUCCGCCGCG